AUGGAUGCAAGGCUACUCCAGCGCGUUUUCAACCAUGUUGUCUUGCCUCCCAUGCUGCCAGGAAGCUCUGACAGCAAUGUCGCUGCGAUCGAGGAGGACCUCAUGCAACGGCUGCUUGAUGCCAGCGACACCCUGAGCCAGCUCACGCACAAUACGGGGGAUCCCUCAUGGCAAACCCUGAGAAGGGGUCUCGAGACCUGCCAGAGGGUCCAUAUCGAUGGCCAGUUGGAUCGAGAUGCGCUUCUUGAGUCGUUCCGAGAUAUUGAAAAAACCCCUGUCAUUCUACACAUUGCAGAACAAAAUGCUGGUCUUCUCUUGAAGCAUGAGUUGAAUGAUGACGGUGAACAGAUUAUCUUCGAGGCCUUUGAAGCCUCUCCAAAGGCCAACGACGUACUCGCCUCCUCAAAUGCCCUCUUCUGCACGUUUCCCACCACUGCUGCCGCGAUACCGCGUUCCAAAUUCCAGUUGACCUUUCAAGACUCCCUGGCGUCGUUCCUUCACCAGGCAUCCACUGAGCCUAUUGCCAUGUUUGCCGCCAAGGCACAGAAGGCGGGCGUCUCGGUGGUAGAAACACGAGAUACUGUCGACCCGACUCUCAUACUCCACAUGAUGAUGACAUUGAUAGAAGAGAUUGGUGCUUCCACGUCACAGUUGGGCCUACAAAAAAGAAUUCGCGAUGAAGUCUGCUGGAACGACGCAGAGAAACCCUGGCGCCGCAGCCCUUUUUGGCUCGUACUACGUGUUGGUGUCAGCAGGUUGUUGUCUUCGUACUUUGGAGCAAGCAAAGGGAGAAUUUACUACAAAUUCUUGCUAUGCAUUGUACAUGCCAAUCUUCUUCGGCACUGCGGGGCCACAUUAAGUUUGGAAAUGACUGCCCUUGUGAGGGCCAAGCUUUGUCGCCGACUUGCGAAGCUGGAAGAUAACCGCCGCAAUGCGCCAAUUGGCCUUUCUGAGACUUUGCAACAACUUUUUGAGGCACUUGGUCCAUAUUUUGAAACAACUAUACAUAUCGCCUCAGGACAGAUUGACAAGACUUGGAAUUCUUUUAAGGAAUCUGUACAUCCAUCGUUGAAGAGGUUGCCGGCUCGUGCCAAUGACCUAGACAUGCAUCUUACUUUGACCAACAGCCUCAAACACCUGCAAAAGGCGCUCGCCUCGUAUCGGAGUGAUAUCAACAAAAGCAAACGGGAAGAUAAAGCCAGCAAGGCAAGAAGGCUUGGGACCCCCGGCAAAGAUCCAAUUGUUGAAGGUACGCUGCAGCGUCUUGAAGAAUCAUCUCGUCCAUUGAUUGCGCUUUCAACGCGCGAGAAGCAGUUGUGUGAUGCAGCAAAGGCCAGCAGUGAUGUUGCUCAUCUUGCCAGAUCUAUUGAGGACUACCUUGAGCAUGCCAUAAGAGCAUACGAGCCCAGCAUUGAGCUACGUAGUCUCAUGACUCUCCAGACCUUUGAAACAUGGAUAGCGAUGGACACGGCUGCCACUGCCCAAAACCCGAUUCUGAAGGACUACCACCCCGGGUUCACGCCGGAAAUAUUAGAUGUUCUACUACUUUCCUCGUCGAAGGAUAUGCGCAGGUUGCAGAGAGUCCAAAAGUAUCUGGCCGAUAGGUGCGCUAACUGUGUCUACUCAAAACUCACCAUUUUUUCGGACCCGCAGAAGAACUGUUUGGCGAUCAGAUAUUUACAAGAGCCAGCCAAUAUUGCUGCUAUCACGCAGCUCUCUAUGGAGAUCGACCAAGCGUGUGAGGCCUCCCGACAAGCCAAGUUGCAGCAGAUGAAUGCAGUAAAUGAUAAAUACGAACACCUGACUCGCGAAAUUUCAUACAUGCUCUGUUCCUGCACGCGCAAAAGGAGCGGGAAGAAAAGGAAGAAUUGUCCCGUCUGUUUAAUCCGAAAAAAACGACGAGGUCUUAAUAUUGAAGUCCACGAAGAUUUCCUGCCUUCUGAUCAGCCUCAACAGAAGUCAAUUCAACGUCAAGCAGUCUUGUUCGAAUUGAUUAUUCCCAGCUCUCUUGCAGCCUAUCGACAAUCGACCUGGGCCAUUGUGGCAGCUCUCGGGAUCCCACCUGGAGCAUCUGGGUCCUGUGGGCCACCAAAAAUCCUUCUUUCGGCGUACAGACCCUUGAAUAGGUAUUGGAAGCAUAAGCCCAAGACUUUUGGUCUCGCUUCGACUACGAAGUCGUUCUUGGUCGCCCAUUAUAAGGGCGUACGUCCACCCAUUACACCUUCACAAGCCAUCUUACCGUUUGGCCUCACGCUUCAGUACUAUGACGAAAAACAAGCGGUGUGGACCAGUGAGAUAAGCUUUCCAAUUAGUUUGGCCCAUCAUUUCGGCCUUCAUAACUCUGUUUUACGUUUGCUCAAGAUUGAGGACAGCGGAGUCUACGCUGCUGAUUCAGAUGGCCCAUCCUCGUAUUCUGCAGUCCUCAGCCAAACAAAUUGUCCACCUGACCUUGGGAUGCACGAGUUAGCAGGAUACCAAGCGCUUCUGUAUGGAAAGCACACUCGCUGGCUAUGUAUAUUGCGAGAGCUCGGGUCCGCCAAUGUCAACUUCAGCCGUGAGCAGACGAUGCAUGUGUUCAACCAUCGAUGCCUUCAAGCAGGCCCAGCUGCAUCUGCCGCUGAGAUUCGUAUCCCCCAUAUACCGCUAGGUAACCAAGGAUUCUGUCACAGGCUACUCGACCAGAUUGAUCGCCAUCUUCGCGGAAUUCGUUGCAACUGGCGUGAGCCAUACUACAUGGACAUGCUUUUGACGAUGGUUGGACAGGUAUGGUCCCUUGGUUGUACGCAGGCUUCAAUGCGGAGCAUGGAACUACUAGAAAAGAUCAGAGAUAUCACACACAAAUGGGUUCGAGACAUUCGGGACGAGCUGCACAAUGCAGCUGACGAUGAACAGACCACGGAUUUGACAAGAUACGCGUUGCUUAGUGGUCUUAUCUGUAAACGCACGUUUCGUGCCAUCGCCAAUGAGCCAGGGAGCUUCCAUGCAGAGGCACUUCGCUGCUACAUCGAAGCAUCAGUCUGCGUUCAAGAAAAUCAACUCUCGGGCCUGGAUACGCAGCCAGCCUAUGUGCGUGAUAUGCUGAUUUGCGAUAUCAAAAUGACAUAUGCCUUGCGCAAUAAGGUUCUUGCAGCUAUCAUAGCCUUUCCUUGCGGCAUUGAAGGUGCCAUCGACUCCAUCUGGCCUUCUAUGACUGGGGAAAUCAGAACAUACGGGACAUGGAAAACCUGCGGCAAAGAACAGAAUCAGUGGGUAGUGUCAGAGAUACCCCCGACAGAGUACACAAUAGGCCAAACAAUUCACUAUCAUAUCCAACACGGACUGGUUCUAGUGAAUAACAAACCACUGGGCAGGCUUCCUCGAGUCUUUCUAGAGUCGACCGCUGUGCGUACACUCUUCGGCCGUCAAUCGUUACUGGUAUAUCCUUCCUAUUUGCCUGGCAUGACAUAUAUGCUUGCUAGACAAAGGAAUAGUCAUGAAUUCCAUUUCGGGAUGAGGGGUACCAGGGUAAUUAUCCGAGCUCGUGUGGCGCGAGCGUUCCUUGAGUUCAUUGAGCGAGACGUUUUUACUUCCGACAGUGACUGCGACUUACCUUUGCCUCUGGUGGACGACUGUGUCCAUUGGCUGGACCUACAAACUAACCGGCUAGACGUGCGUCCCAAAGCACACAUCUGGGCCAUUAAUAGGCGCGGAAAUUGGAUGAUCGAUGUGAGGAAUCAAGCAGGUUGGCGUCGAGAUUCUCGUCUUGUCGACCCUCGUAGUGCAACGUUUCGACAAAUCGCUACUAUCUUUGCACAUUUCGAGAAUCGACAGUACUUAACUGUCUUUCAACCUGCCAGAAGAACUUUGACUGUCGAAAUAAAAAGGAUGGGUCUGUCCUUCGCGGUCAACAGACAUGGUCUCUUGCAAUCGAGGGAACUACGCCGUGUCAUCUCACUUGAACAGGAUGCUGGUACGUGGUAUGGACUGCAAAGCAUGCUCGUCCUUCACGAUGCUGGCAACAAACAGCGGCGAAGUAUCAUUGUCCCAGUUGGGCCAUUAACAUACCACCGUCGUGAUCCUCAUGUCGUUCUACAAAUCGUGGGGGACGGGCAGUACGCCCUCUUUUCUAUCGACGACGUGUUGGGACGAGUAGGCUGCGAGCCUGAGCCACUUUUGCUUUUUCUGAGGGCGCAGCUUCAUGCGAUGACAUCCUGUCCUAUCCCAGACCCUCUUACUCAGCGCACCGGAUGCGAGGAAGCGAUGUCGUAUCUUACCUCGAGCUCUAUUCAGCCGUGGACAGAGCUAAGACCAGCUCAACUCGAGCCGUUGAUGGCCAUUGCCCGUUUAUCGCCCCAACGAUUCUAUUAUCCAAAGCAUCUACAAUGCCAGCAGCAGGUCUUUUGGGACAAGGAUCUGACUAUGUCCAUUCAGCAUGAUGGACUGCGUGCCUUAAUUGAAAGCAUUCUGGCAAGGCUUGGAGAGCUCGCUCGUUUCUCGAACUCCAAUCUUGAACUCUCGAAAUUGAAUUGGAAGGAUGAACCCCACCUGCGACUCCGUGCCCAUGCUCGUCGGUCCAAUUUUGAAAGACCUGCCGUGUCUCCUAAACCACUUCGUCAUAUGGACGAUCGACCUUAUAGUCGCGCUACAACCGAUCAGAGCUAUGCGGGGAUAGAUCGCGUUCGUCAGAUUAUAACGCUUAUUAACACCAAGCCUCAAUUAAUCUGCACGACGUUGAAUCUUCAAGCCACCUUGAGUCAGGCUGGAAAUGUUUGGGGAUACGGACAAACUCUUGCGAAUCCUCUUUUGACAGAUCUGCUUCAGACUGAUGUUGUGACAGAAUGGGGACCCCUUGUGAAUCUAUGCAACCGUAACAAUGAUGAAGGCAAAGAUCAUCUUCUUUUCCAGCUUGGAUUGAUCGCUUUUGGCCCAAAUGUGGAUAUGGGACUUUUUUGUUCUGCUGUCUCUUUUUUCAUACUCGAUGACUUAAGACACCUGAAACUUCCUGAUGUCUCUCUCUACAAUGACCUUGCAUACCAGAAACCAAGUGUGGAAAGGCUCGUUCAGUUGAUGAUGGCUGCAUACGAUGCAUCGGACAGACAGCUAAACGUGCACGAAUUUAACCCAACAUACACGAGACAGACGGAAAGUGAGCUCUACGAACGCGACUGCCGCGCUCUGUCCGGUAUGUUCAUAGAACAAUGGCCUUGUCCUAGACCGCAACCGCCUGAAUUCGAGGGUGCACUUGUCAAGGGCGACGCUGCGAUCAAUCAUAUAGCGCAGGAGUGGCUCCAUCUUUUUGAAAAGUGGCAAUUUUUCCGGCACUUGGAUGAGGUGCAGACUGUGUUGAAAAACCACUGGGUAGCAGCAAAUCCAAGAAGCUCCGGUCACAAAUAUCCUGUGAAAACAGUGUUGCCAACUCGCAACUGUCGCACACUUCCAUCGCUCCGUUCCCUUUUAAGCGCCAGCGGUGGGCCUCAUCAUGCGUCUAUAGAUGUGAUGUCUUUCCACCAAAACUCGCUUUUUCCUGCAACUAUUGUGCAAGAGAAUGAUGUUGAGCGGGUGCAAGAGUCAACACAAGAUUCGGAGAUCCAAGAGCUCGAGGAAAUUCUCCACAAAUUUAAAUCCUCAGAGAAUGUACUCCGCCGACAAUAUGCCGAAGACCUGAUGACAAGCCUAGAGGGACUUCGGGCGCGUCAGACAUCUGCUGGGUUCGCUUCAAAGAUACCCCCUGUCCAGGCCAUCUGGGGUGCCAUUUUCAGGAUUAAAAAACAACUGCAGAUGCAGUUUGGACAGAUCCAGCGAUGUUUGAUACAAAACGAUGCCCGAUAUAGGUGGCUUGAUUUAGGUGCUUUAUGGCCUUGCAUGAGUCCCGUUACUCUGCUGGAAAGGUUAAGGGAGGCAGAGGCCAAUACGUUCAAAUCCGCAAUGAAAGAGGCGCUAUUUCGCUAUGCAUUGACCAUCACUCGGCUCCAACAGCUACUGCGCAUGUACGACGCAAUCAGGAAGAGAGACUCCCGUCUUCUGCACGAGGAACUUCAAAACCCUGGACAUGAUAACUGGCGAGCCCAGGACUAUCCUGAUUGGUUGCUUCUAGAGAUUGAUGGGAAUUUUCUGAUCAGGAACGGCCAAGUGGAUGUUGCGCGUGCGACUAUCUCGCCAGCUUCAGGAGCCAAUUCUGUCCUUCAAAUGAACAUGGGUCAAGGGAAAACGUCCGUCAUUAUGCCUAUGGUAGCCUGCGUUAUAGCAGAUCGGCAGAGUCUGGCACGGUUAAUUAUCCCCCGAGCACUCUUGUCUCAAACCGCCCAAAUCUUGCAGUCGCGUUUGGGGGGCCUUGUUGGGAGAGAAAUAUGCCACAUCCCAUUCUCCCGCAAGACCUCCAAUGAGGAUACAACACUGAGUGCUUACCGUUGGCUGCACGAGGACAUGCGCGCCAAACGAGGAAUCAUUAUAGCACAACCUGAUCACGUUCUUGCUUUCCGACUAAGCGGCCUUCAGGCAGUCUGUGAUGGCCGAUUAGAAACCGCAUUAACAAUGACUUCUACUCAGUCAUGGCUGGAUGAAACGGCACGAGAUGUCAUUGAUGAGUGUGAUUUCACACUUGCUGUGAAAACUCAGUUGAUCUAUCCUAGUGGUUCGCAGCUCGCUGUUGAUGGACAUCCGCAUCGAUGGAAGGUAGCUCAAUACCUUCUGGACAUGGCUGAAGAGCACUUACGUGAUAUUCAGAAUGACUUCUCUCACAGCGUUGAAGUCACAAAGCGACCCUUAGGUGGAUUCCCAUUUUUCUGCUUCCUUAGACCGGACGCGGAAAGGGCAUUGCACACCCGUUUGGUCGAUGAUAUCUGUGAAGGAAGGAGCCCCCAUUUGGUCAUACGAGGGGGAGGUGAUAAGGAGGCUAUUCGCAUAUUUCUCACGGAGGAUAAAGUGCCCGAACCUUUGGUUCAACGGGCCUGCGCAUCGUUUGAAAUCGCCCCUUCCGAGGUGCAGAUUCUCUACCUCCUUCGUGGUCUGCUGGUGCACGGAAUCUUAGUUCUUUGCUUGAAAAAGCGGUGGAAUGUUCAGUACGGGCUCCAUCCCGAGCGCGACCCGAUUGCAGUUCCUUUCCAUGCUAAGGGUGUGCCAUCCGAGCAGGCUGAAUGGGGACAUCCUGAUGUUGCCAUUGUUUUGACUUGCCUCGCAUUCUACUACGAUGGGGUGACUAUAUCACAAGUCCACCACUGUCUACGCUGCAUACUUCAGUCAGACGAUCCCUCAUCGGAGUAUGAUCGAUGGAUUCAGCAUUCGACAUCUCUGCCGGAUAGUCUUCGGCAUUGGAAUCUCAUCAACAUUGACAAUGAGAUGCAAGUUCGCCAGAUCUGGCAGCAUCUCCGAUUCCAGCGGAUCUUGAUCAACUAUUAUCUUAAUCGAUCCGUGUUUCCUGCACACGCUCGUCAGUUUGAACAGAAGCUGCAAGCCUCGGGGUGGGAUAUUCCGGCACUUCAUGCAGCGAACAACCUGGACAUGGGCGAGACCACAGCCAUCACCACCACUAGGACGUUGACAACAGGAUUCAGUGGUACCAACGACAAUCGGCGACUACUACCACUCACAAUCACACAGGGAGAUCUUCAUGGCCUUGUCCAUACGAAUGCAGACGUCCUCACAUACUUACUGCAGCCUAGGAAUCGUGGGUAUGUCCUGGCGGCAACCUCUGGAGGGAAACGACUGUCAGAACGUGAACUACUUUUCCAAUUGAGGAAAAUGAACAUCAAGCUGUUGAUUGAUGCCGGCGCACAUAUUCUUGAGCUGGACAAUCGAGACUUGGUACGCCUCUGGCUGGAAGUUGAUUACGAGGCACCUGUAGCGGUCUACUUCAGGGCAGAUAACAAAGCGUGGGUGCUUUAUCGGAAUGGCAAAGAGGUGCCCUUGUUAGCAACCCCGUUCGCGGCCAAUCUCGAAGGGUGCCUGGUGUAUCUUGAUGAGGCACAUACUCGGGGUGUCGAUCUCAAAUUUCCCAUGUCCACUCAAGGCGCUCUAACUUUGAGUUUGGGUCAGACAAAAGACCACACUGUGCAAGCGGCCAUGAGACUACGACAAUUGAAGUCCACUCAGUCGGUGGUAUUCUUCGGCGCUCCGGAAGUUCAUCAGAGCAUUCUGGAUCGUCGUGGCAAGGGCCCAAUAGUAGAAGUGGACUCAGGCGAUGUUGUCGAGUGGCUUCUAGAACAGACUUGCACACUGAAUGAACAGCUUCAGCCCCUGUAUCUGGCACAGGGAUUCGACUUUUGUCGACGAAGACAAGCCGCAGCGGCGUAUCCCAAUUAUCCAUCGAACGAAACGGAUAGGGUCUCUUAUCUUCAGGCGGUUCUACUUCCCGAGCAGCAUACUCUUGAGCAGUUAUAUGACCCGAGAAGCGUCACAACUCUUUCAAUAGAUGACUUUCAGGGAAGUGGGAAACUUCGAGGGUUUUGGCAUCAACUCCGCGGCCUUAGGCAAGACUUGCAAGUGAAAAUUAGCACUACCUCUGCGUUCGAGGAAGUUGAGCAGGAAAGAGAAUUGGCCGUUGAAGUGGAAGAGAUACGCCAGUUGCAUCGACCUAUAUGUCCCAUUCCUCGCAAGUUCCCGGGACUGAGUCCUGGUUUGGCCCGAUUUGCCAAAACCGGGGCUCUAGAGGAUAGUGAUUGGUGCGAACCUCUUUUUCAGGCCCUCCAACGUACGCAUCUCGGGCAAAAGUAUCAAAUCUGCUCCGGUCGUUCUUGGUCUGUUAUGGUUAGUACUGAAUUUACCAAGGCCACUCAAAGGGCCACGCAUCAGUGGCGCGACGACUUUUUGCGGCCAGUGCACUGGAUUUUAUGGAGCCCAAGAGCACAGAAGGCAGUGAUCGUCAUUCCGGAGGAAGCCGAAGCAUUGAUUCCCAUCAUCUCCAAGAUCAACCCACCAAACGUCCACCUUAUCGUCUACGCAGCUCCGAUUACCAAGCAAAUGUUGCACUUUAAUCAUCUCGACUACUACACGAUACCCAAGUUUGACGGGAUUAUUCCAACGCAAGUGAAGAUCGAAAUAGGACUCCUCGCCGGUCGUCUCUACUUUGAGUUCAGUGAAUGUAAAGACAUCGGGCAGUAUCUUGAUACCCAAGAGGAACAUUUCAGCGAACGGGCCUCCUCCUAUGCUUUUCCAUGUGUGAAGGGAUUCGCAUCCCAACCGUUCGCCUUCCUGGAGGAGUGGUUCUCAGUCACGCGCAAAGGACAGGACUAUGCUCACACACCUAUGGGUUAUAUCUGCCAGGGGCGCCCGUUGAGGCGCGACCACCCCUUUUUCUCAGCUGCCACAGCGGAUCACUCCCCAUCGGCAUCCACGGUGGUUAACAUGAAUAUUUCUGGCGCGGAUGGUGUUGGUCCAUUCAACGAGGACAGCGACGAAGAUGAACAUUUUCUUGAUGACGAUGAGGAUGAAUUUGUUGAGACAACUGAGGAUCAUUGA